AAGGUUUAGUUGGGGAAUACACUUGAACCCCAACAAAUCUUCUAAAAAGGACUUUUUUGCCCCAAGUCAUCAGGGUGACUAUGGCGCGCGCCGGGACUCUUCGCGCGUCUCUGCUGGUCAUUUUACUGCAGAUAGUUCUGAUCAGCUCUGCACAGAGGGGGCCACCUGGUCCAAGAGGGCCACCUGGACCUCCAGGGGUUCCUGGAUUUUCUGGCGUUGACGGCAUUGAUGGUGAGAGGGGACCUGGCCCUGGCCCUGAUGGCCCCCCAGGCCCUGAUGGAGAAAAUGGCAGGAAUGGAUUAAAUGGCCUUCCAGGAAACCCAGGAGCGGACGGUUUGACUGGGCCACGUGGUGAACCGGGCCCUGCUGGCCCUACUGGACAGAAAGGUGAACCUGGUGAGCCAGGUCCAAGGGGAGCUCCUGGUGUCGGAGAGGAUGGUGAAGCUGGUGCUGAUGGGGAAGAUGGAUUACCUGGAGAGCUGGGCAAAGUUGGACCUCCGGGAAGUCGGGGAUUAAGAGGUCCCGUUGGUGCUCAAGGACUGCCAGGGCCAAGAGGCCCUCCUGGAGUCUGGGAUGGUAAGGAGCUGUGUCCAAAUGCCUGUACUUCUGGUUUGACUGGUUACACUGGUCUUCCAGGCAUGAAGGGUCACAAAGGUGGCAAAGGUGAAUCAGGUGAACCAGGAAGGCAAGGACAUAAGGGUGAAGAAGGAGACCAGGGAGCACCUGGAGAGCCAGGAGCACAAGGAACACCUGGUCCACAGGGUCUCAGAGGAAUCACAGGGAUAAUGGGCCCUAAAGGGGACAGGGGACUUCGUGGGAAUGUUGGCGAUUUGGGUCCUCAGGGCAUACAGGGUGCUCCUGGUGAUCAUGGUCAAAGAGGAAAAGUAGGUGAGGCCGGACCAAAAGGAGCUCAGGGAGCACUGGGCUUUCAGGGACUUAUGGGUUUACCUGGACUGAAAGGAGAGACUGGUUUGCCUGGGGUGGAUGGUCGUGAUGGUAUUCCAGGACUUCCUGGAGUGAAGGGUCUUCCCGGGAAAGUUGGCUCACCUGGAGAGGCUGGACUUCAGGGAUUCCCAGGUUUACCAGGUAUUCCAGGAGCAAAGGGCCACAUGGGUGAAAAAGGAAAUUCUGGUGAUCCUGGCAUGGCAGGUCUGAUUGGAAAUAAUGGAAAAACAGGUGAACGUGGUGACCAGGGAGAGGUUGGACAAGUCGGACCAAGAGGUGGGCCAGGAGAGAGAGGAGAAAGAGGCCCUGAUGGGCCUGCAGGCUUGCCAGGUGUAAGGGGUGCUAAAGGAGAUUUGGGCCUUCCUGGUCUUUCAGGGCCUGCUGGCCUACCCGGGCAGAAAGGAGACAGGGGCCUGGUUGGUCUCACUGGUCCAAAAGGCGAACAAGGACCACCUGGUGAAGAAGGAACACCAGGAGAGAAAGGAGAUGUAGGUGAUGAGGGAGAGCCAGGAGAGAAAGGAUCGACAGGAAAACCAGGAGACACAGGAAAUAAAGGACCGGAGGGAGGGCGUGGCCAACCUGGACCCGAGGGCCCACCCGGAGAGCCUGGACCAAGAGGCAUGCAAGGAGACAGAGGAGUACCCGGACUGCCUGGGAUACAGGGACGACGAGGCCAAGCACCAACAAAUGAGCAUAUUAAGCAAGUCUGCAUGAGGGUCAUGCAAGGACAGCUUGCCCAGCUGGCAGCUAGUCUGACAAGGCCUGAGUCAGGUAUCGCUGGGCUGCCAGGUCCUCCUGGUCCCCCUGGUCCUCCAGGACCUGCUGGAGACAAUGGCUUCCCUGGACAUCCUGGUGGCAGAGGACUGCCAGGUCUCAAAGGGCCACCUGGGCUUCUAGGAAGAAAAGGGCCCAAAGGUGACCAAGGUGACAGGGGAGAUAGAGGGCCCACUGUGCAGGGGCCUAAAGGUAUUCCUGGACCACCAGGGCUCCCAGGUGAUCCAGGUAGGCCAGCAUAUGGCAGUGAUGGCCGUGACGGCCUGAGAGGACAACCAGGUGUUCCUGGAAUGCCAGGUGUGCCUGGGCCACCUGGUCCUGCCGGCCUUAACGGAUACUGCGAGCCAUCUCAGUGCAUCUUUCAAGCAGUUGCAGCUCCACAGUCUGCCAAGGAGUCAAGCAUGAAGGGACCAGAUGGUCUAUGAGUGGACAACCAUCAGUGAGCUGCACAUCAGAGUCCAACGUCUCUGGACAGGGAAACUUGAGAGACUAAUGGAGUGACUCCCUCUACGAGGAGAUUUCUGUGUUGAUGGUAUUGCAAGCAUUAUAAAUACUUAUCAAACACGUGUGUGAUUUGAACACUAGCAUGAAGUCUGAAGUCAUGAAGGCUGGAUCAGUUCGAAUUACAGUUCCCAAUGACUCAGUCCUCCUUCAUUAAGAACAUUUUUGUUUCUUUUUUUAAACAAUUUUAAGAAUACUAAUAUUGCCAUUAAGAAUUAAAAUAAACCUAAAUUGUCCCAACAAUAAUGCAAUCAUAGUUGGCAAAAAAAUACAUGCUCAGGUUUGGUAUGAUUUCAAUAUGCUUUCCAUUCUUUAGGUACUGGAUGAUGUGUAUCAUGACUUAAGUAUACUUUUUUAAACUUUGUAAAUUUGUCAAUAUUGAAUUUAGUUAAAAGUUUUGGGUUGUUUAAUCGUUGAGACAUUUUAAAAAUGUCUGAGGUUCAUUUCGGUGGGGCAAGAGGGGCACAGUCUUCAUGUUUAGAAAAAUAUCUAGGAGUUUUCUAUAUUCUUAUUUAUU